AUGUCACAAGGAUCUGUUCACAAUUCCUGGAAGCUGAAAAUGUCCCAGUUCUUCCAUGACCUGCACACUCACCAAACACGUCACCCAUUGAGCAUGUUUGGGAUGCUCUGGAUCGACGUGUACGACAGCGUGUUCCAGGUCCCUCCAAUAACCAUCAACUUCACACAGCCCUUGAAGAGGAAGACCAGUGACUACAGCGAGGUGGUAUCAGACUCCUUCCCCUCCGCCCCGGCAGAACCUCUCCCAGAGUUCCAGCUGGAACCCGAGGAUGGUUUCGUCGUGAAGAACCGUCCGGUGCAGCUCCGCUGUAGGGCCGCCCCCGCUACGCAGAUAUACUUCAAAUGUAAUGGAGAGUGGGUCAACCAGAACGAUCAUGUGACCAAAGAGAGCCUCGACCAGAUCACAGGCCUGGUGGUGAGGGAGGUGGAUAUCUCUGUAUCGAGGACCCAGGUGGAGGAACUGUUUGGUCUGGAGGACUACUGGUGUCAGUGUGUGGCCUGGAGCUCUGCAGGCACCACCAAGAGUAGCCGCGCGUAUGUCCACAUCGCAUACCUGCGUAAGGCCUUUGAGCAGGAGCCUCUGAGUCGAGAGGUGAGAUUGGAGCAGGAGGUGUUGUUGCAGUGUCGACCCCCUGAGGGCAUUCCUCCUGCUGAGGUUGACUGGUUAAAGAAUGAGGAAACCAUAGACCCAUCUCGGGACUCCAACUUCCUGAUGACCAUUGAUCAUGACCUCAUUAUUAAACAGGCCCGUCUCUCUGACACGGCCAACUACACCUGUGUGGCACGUAACCAUGUAGCCAGGAGACGCAGUAGUACCGCCACGCUUAUCGUCUAUGUGAGUGGGGGCUGGUCUUCGUGGACUGAGUGGUUGGAGUGUAGCGCCCGCUGUGGGCGGGGCUGGCAGAGACGGAUACGCAGCUGCACCAAUCCCGCUCCUCUAAACGGGGGAGCCUUCUGUGAGGGUCCGCCUUUUCAGAGAGUUACAUGCACCACUCUAUGUCCAGUGGACGGAGGCUGGACAGAGUGGGCCAAGUGGUCAGUGUGCGGGACAGAAUGUACCCAUUGGACAAGCAGGGAGUGUCAUGCCCCCCCGCCCCGAAACGGAGGACUCCACUGUAGUGGGAGCAUGAUGGAGAGCAAGAACUGCACCGACGGACUCUGUACACGCAGUGAGUCAUGA